AUAUAUGUACACUACAAAGCAUAUUUCAAAUUAAAUUGUUUACUAUGAAUUUGAUAAAAAAAAUCCUAAAAGAUAUGUUUUGUUUGAUUUUAUAUAUUGUAUAUGAUAUAAGCAAUUAAAGAUGGCUGCCUUGGUCAAAUUUUCAAGACCAUUAAGACAGACAACAUGCUGUGUUUGCCCCAAGUUAUCCAGUAUUCGCAAUGAACGUUACAACUGCAACAGGGCCUCAAUAUGCAGAGAAAAAAAGCAUGGCUAUCUCAGAACAUAUCCAGCAUUGUUAGUUUUCCCAGAUGGAUCAAGUGUUAAUAUCAGAUAUGAAAAACCUAGAAAUAUUAUAGUAUUACCUGUAGAUGUUUCCAAAUUAACAGAGAAAGAAAAAGAAGCCAGGAAUCUGAAAUUUAACCCACCAAAGAAAACUGAAAUUAAAGAGGACUUAGAUGAUGAUUUUGACACAAACAAAUAUACAAGCAUGUUUAAAAAGAAUAAGAAGAGUAAGAAAAAGUGACUUAAUGUAAAGCAAAAGGGUUUAUUAUGACAAGUGUUUAGAACUGAUCUUUGUAUCAUUAAUGAAUAUAGACUUAAAUGAUGGCCCUGCAAGUGUGAAUACUGAUGUUUAUUAUUAUAAAUCGAUUGAUGAAAGCACUUAAAGUAAAAAGAAGACAUAAGCAAUUCUCAUUUUCACUGGUGAACAAAAUGAUUGAACAAGAAUAUUACAUGUUUUUUUUUUCAAAGAUGGAAAGAUACUGGCAGUUUUUAGAAAAGGAGCAUGAAAAGGCAACAUUCAAUAGACCAAAAUUAUGCAGCAUAUAUUAUGUUAUUGAUUAUGAUGAAGUUAUUAAAAUUUUAAAUGCACA